AUGCAUGAAUUUCACAUGGAGAGAAAAGAAGGCUUGCAUGAGGGAACUUUGGAUGAAGUGGCUUUGAGAAUAGGAUGGUAUGAGGAAGGCAAAUCUCUUGACAUGGUUGUUGGUCAAAAUAGUAACUCUGGCAAAGAUAGAGGAGGUGGUCAUAACAAUGGCAAGCUACUUCUCGAAGGUUUUGUUUCCAACAGGGAGCAGUCUUAUGAAGAUCCUAUUGAAGAGUUAUUAUAUGCAGUGUUUGUUGUUUCAAAUGAAAAUGCAUCUGUUGCUGAAUUGGCAGCAACCCUACAGGCUGACUUGUCACAACUGCUGGCUGCUGCGUCUUUUGUAUGUCGAUUGGGAUGGGCAACGAAAGUAAUUGAUCCAGCAUCUAUUCUUCAAGAUACGAACAUACCUGGGUCUCCUAAAAGUGCAGUCAGUGAUGAAGAUGGUGCUAUUGCUAGUCAUGGUUUUGAUAAUAUGCUCACUGAUAAUGAUAACAAUCAAGGCGAUGCUUAUGGUCCUCAUUCUUCCUAUACGCGUGUUGCUUUCAUAGUUGAUGCUAAUAUAACAUCAUAUCUUAUGAUGGGUUCAGUUUCGCCAGUGUAUGCAAAGGCUGUUAUUCUGAGCGUUGCUAGUUUCAGUUAG